AUGAGCGCCGCCAUAUCCCGUCCCUCGCUCGCGGGACCCAGCGGCGCAUCGAACCCACGGCUUCAACCGAUUCCAGUGUCGCGCAAUGGGCAAGCCACGCUCGACACUUUCUCCCCAGUCAAUGAAAACGGCAGUUUCGAGUUCGAUCGUGUUAUCAAGAGCGGCCGCGUCCUUCGCCGUGUGAAGCACAAGCACGUCUUCCGCGCAUCCUGGAAACCCGCCUAUCUCGUUCUGCGCCCCAACUUGCUCUCCGUCUACAAGGACGAGGAAACCACUCGCCUUCGCGUCGCGAUCACCCUCUCGGACGUGACUGCUGUCGCCCCGGUCAAGUCCCCCCCGCUCACAUCGUCAAUAUCUCUUUCCGAACGCGAUGCGGACGAAUGGAUCAGUCGCAUUCGCUCUGAAUCGCCCUCCGACGAGACCGACCCGACCUUCCUGAGUUUAGCAACCGCCGUCAACCCGCCCAAGAUCCAAAAACAACUCGUCGAAGACACCACAGACCACUCCGAUUUCGAUAUAACAGGCCGCCCCAGUUCCCCGGAACUAGGCCGUUCCUUGCCUCCGAGCUCUCAUUCCCGUGCCUCCAAACCUCCAUAUAUCCAGGACUACUCCGGCAACGAAAUGACCUCCUUCUCAGAACUGUCAGAUUACACUCCGCCCACACGAGGCAGCUAUCUGCGAUCAGUGCCAUCUAACCAAACCCUCUCCGUCUCCGCCCCCGAAGAUGCGCCCGACAAGCCCGCAUCCCUGCCCCGGGACCCGAGCCGACAGUCUGACCUGGGUGUUCUGCGUGACCCGGCCCGCGUCAUCUGCCAAGGCUAUCUGCAGGGUCUGCGUAUCAAGGGAACUGUACGCCAGUGGAAGCGACUGUGGGUUGUCUUGCGGCCGAAGAACCUCGCCUUCUACAAGGAUGAUUCUGAGUACUCCGCACUCCGCAUCAUCUCCAUGUCUCAGGUGAUCGACGCGGCGGAAAUCGACCCCCUGUCCCGAUCCAAGACCUUUUGUCUGCAGAUCAUCGCGGAGGAGAAGACAUACCGGCUCUGUGCGCCGGACGAAGAGUCGCUGGCUCGCUGGCUGGGCGCACUGAAGAGCAUCAUUGUUGCCCGCAAGAAGGCUUCGGUAUCAGCAGGCUCCGCUACAUCCCCACCCUCUGCGUCCUGA